AUGACGCCUACCCCGUCGUUUUUCCUGCUGCUGCUCGGCCUCAUGGGGGCUCAGGCCACCGUGGACCUCCGCACGGCCGCCGCCAUGGCGGCAGGUUUGUGCAAAACUCGUCCCACAGACAUCGUGUUCAUCAUCGACAGCAGUCGGAGCGUUCGGCCUUCAGAGUUUGAGCAGGUCAAGGUGUUCCUGGCUAAGGUCAUCGAGGGGCUGGAUGUUGGACCCAACGCCACCCGCGUGGGAGUCGUCAACUAUGCCAGCCACGUCAACAACGAGGUGUCUCUGAAGACGCACCGCACCAAAGCCGGGCUGAUUAAGGCUGUGACCAAGAUCGAGCCCCUGUCCACUGGAACAAUGACUGGUCUGUCCAUCCAGUUUGCCAUGAAUGUGGCCUUCAGUGAGGCCGAGGGCGCUCGCGUCAAAUCUCCUGAUAUCAGCAAGGUUGCCAUUAUUGUGACAGACGGGCGUCCCCAGGACAGCGUGAAGGAUGUGGCCCAGCGUGCACGGGAUGCUGGUAUUGAGAUUUUUGCCAUCGGCGUGGGACGUGUGGACAUGAGCACCCUGAAGCAGAUGGCCAGUGAUCCUCUGGAUGACCACGUGGACUACGUGGAGAGCUACAGCGUCAUCGAGAAGCUCACCAAGAAGUUCCAGGAGGCCUUCUGUGUGUCGGACCUGUGUGCCACUGGGGAUCAUGACUGUGAGCAGGUAUGCAUCAGCUCCCCCGGAUCAUACAAGUGUGCCUGCAAAGAUGGCUUUACCCUCAUGGACAAUGGUCGCAGCUGCAGUGCUUGCAGCAAUGCGGCGACAGAUGUGGUGUUCCUGAUCGAUGGCUCUAAGAGCGUGCGUCCAGAGAACUUUGAGCUGGUCAAGAAGUGGAUCAACCAGAUCGUAGACAAACUGGAUGUUUCCGACAGCAAGGCUCACGUCGGACUGGUCCAGUACUCCAGCUCAGUCCGACAGGAGUUCCCCCUGGGCCACUACAACAACAAGAAGGACCUGAAGGAAGCUGUGAAGAAGAUGGCCUACAUGGAGAGGGGAACCAUGACGGGCCAGGCUCUCCGCUAUCUGACAGACAACAGCUUCAGCGCCGGUCAGGGCGCCCGGCCUGGAGUCGCCAAGGUGGGCAUCGUCUUCACUGACGGACGCAGCCAGGACUACAUCGGAGAAGCCGCCAAGAAGGCCAAGGAGCACGGUUUCAAGAUGUACGCUGUUGGAGUGGGCAACGCAGUGGAGAAUGAGCUGAAAGAGAUCGCCUCUGAGCCGACUGGAGAGCACUACUUCUACACUGCUGACUUCAAAGCCAUGACCCAGAUCGCCAAGAAGCUGCAGAUUAACAUCUGUCAAGAGGAGGACCCUUGUGAAUGUGACUCCCUCGUAAAGUUCCAAAAGAAAGUAGAACAAGCCCUGCAGGCACUAACAAAAAAAUUAGACAGUAUGACGAAGAGGAUCGCCUUGCUGGAGAACAAAAUCGUCUGA